AUGGCCCCCUCCGCGAUCUCAGAAUCUCCUCCUAGGUACUCCCCGAAUGCAGACGAGUACGCCGUACAGGCUGGCGUGCCCAACUUUCAGGGUUACGAUCACAUCACUUGGUGGGUAGGCAACGCAAAGCAGGCCGCGUCGUAUUACACAACGCUCUUCGGCUUCGAGACGGUGGCGUACCGUGGUCUAGAGACCGGUAGCCGGUACUUCACAUCGCACGUCGUGGCCUGCGGGGACGUUCGCUUCGUGUUCACAUCGCCUAUCCGCUCAUAUGCUUAUCUACCUAAAGAUGAGCCUGCCACAGAAGAUGAGCGGAAGCAGCUCAAGGAGAUGCACGACCACCUCGAGAGACACGGCGAUGCGGUCCGAGACGUCGCCUUUGAAGUUGAUAGUGUGGAGGGCGUAUACAACCACGCCGUAGAACAAGGCGCCGUCUCCGUCCAGCCCCCCACGCUCCACCGUGACAAGCAGCACGGCGACGUACUAACAGCCGUGAUCCGGACCUACGGCGACACAACACAUACUCUGAUCUCACGACGGAACUACACAGGCCCUUUCCUCCCUGGUUUCCAAGCGCGCUCAUCCCCACCCUCUAGCACAAUCCUCCCGCGCGUCGACCUCGCCCGCAUCGACCACUGCGUCGGCAACCAGUCGUGGGACGACAUGGUAGCCGCCUGCGAGUUCUACGAGCGGUGCCUGUCGUUCCACCGGUUCUGGUCCGUCGACGACAGCCAGAUAUGCACCGAGUUCAGCGCGCUGCGCAGCAUCGUGAUGAGCAGCGCCAACGACGUGGUCAAGAUGCCCAUCAACGAGCCCGCGCCCGGCAAGAAGAAGUCGCAGAUCGAGGAGUUCGUCGUCUUCAACUCGGGCCCCGGAGUCCAGCACAUCGCGCUGCUGACCCACGACAUCGUGGCCGCGGUCACGGCUAUGCGCGCCAGAGGCGUCGAGUUCAUCGCCGUCCCGGAUACCUACUAUACGACUAUGAAGGAGCGCAUGCGCACGGAGAAGAGAGGCUGGGAGCUCCAAGAGGACUUCGAGACCCUGCAGAAGCUCAGCAUCUUGAUCGAUUACGACGAGGGCGGCUACCUGCUACAGCUAUUUACCAAGCCGCUUAUGGACCGGCCGACGGUAUUCGUAGAGAUCAUCCAGCGGCACGAUUUCAGCGGGUUCGGUGCCGGGAAUUUCAAGAGCCUGUUUGAGGCUAUCGAGCGGGAACAGGCUCAGAGGGGGAACUUGUAA